AUGCGAGAUUCAUUAAGUAGCCAGGAGAAAAAGGAACUAUACGCGGAUCUAGACAGCGUCGACGUGAGUGAAUACAACCAUGUAAUAAACAAUUCCCAUAGCUCCGAAGAAGAAGACGAUGAGUCAUCAUCGGAUGAUUACAUGGAAACUGAACAAGUGCCAGAGGGCAGUCACAGCAGGAGCAUAUUAUAUGGUAGUAGUAAAGCUAAUCAAAAUAACAGCUGUGGAAAGGUGAAUAAUGAUCAAAUCGACUCUGUGACAAAUUCGGACAAGGGAUGUACGAAAAACCCAAAUGACACAGGAACGUUAACAACGUGUGGGCAAGACAUAAGCGGAACGAACAAAAAAAGCACAAGCAUUAGUGAACAAAAGCAAAUGCAAAAUGGCCACACGUAUAUCUACGUUAGGGUAAAAACAAACGACUCUAAUAAUAACACCAUUAAAUGCAAGAUAGAGAAAAAUAUCACAGUAAAAAAAUUGAAAAAAAAACUCGGAAAAAUAUUACACAAUGGUGAAGACGAAUAUAGGAUUAUUUACAGGGGGAGACUUCUAAAGGAUGUUGAAGUGUUAUCCAAAUACAACAUAAAAUUUAAUGAUAUCCUAUACGCCAUUAGGAUAAAUAAAAAAAAAAAUGGAAACGAUGCCAUCCUGGAUUCAGGAAUUACCAGUUCCCAGUUAAGUACUAUAGGAGAGGAGUACAACGAUUUCGGGAAGUUUCCUCAAAAUGAUAAUUUAUCAAAAUUAAUUUCGUCCAUGUUUGAUAACAGUGAUUUUCUGAAAUCAAUAAUGGACUCAAAUAAGCAGCUACAAAAGCUAAGAGAAAAGAAUUCAGAGAUUCAUCACAUGCUAAAUGAUUCACAGUCUUUGAAGCAGUCUUUUGAAAUGAUUAAAAAUCCUUCAUUAAUGAAAGAACUUAUGAGGAAUACUGAUCGAGCCAUAAGUAAUAUAGAAGCCAUUCCAGGCGGGUUCAACACUCUGAGACGAAUGUAUCACAACAUUCAGGAACCCAUGUAUGCUGCGAGUGAGGCAUCAAAUGAAAACAAAAAAAAUAAAAUUAAACAUUAUGAUUUAAAAGCUUCUUCUCCUCCUACUAGUGAAGCCUUCCCUAACCCCUGGGCUUCCAAGGAUGUGAAUGCAAAAAAUAAAAAUAAUCAAAAUAAUGAUCUAGAUAAAUAUCUUCUCAUGAAUAAUAAUUUGUUUAGCAACAGCAAUAAUCUUUUUAAAUCGACCAAGAAGAACAGGGGUAACGGGUUGGGAGGGAACAACAACCUUUUGAAGACCAACAUUUUGGACCUCCUGCAGAAUUACCAAGCUCCCCCUCAGAACCAACUUGGUGGCAUGAGCAACAUGAACGGAAUGAAUAACCUCUUUAGUAGCGCGCAGAUGAACAAUCGACAGAUGUACCACGGGCUACUCAACAGCGGGCUGUUCAGCGGGGGGUUGCUAAACAACGCCUCGUUAAAUAACGGGUCCGCGGUAAGCAGCCCCCCGGCUAACGGUCCCCCCAGUAUCUUUCAUCCAAAUGGCACGCAGCCCGGAAAUGGAUCCCCCUUGGGCAAUCUGUUCAACAACAACUUAUUUAACGACAAGCUAUUUUUCGGAUCCAACUUCACCAAUGAUUUUAUUAACCAGUACUCACAGGUGCAAAAGAAUAAGGACGACCCAGAAGGGGCCAAUGCGCUAAACCAAGUAAUUUUAAAUGUGAAAGACCAAGUGAAUGAUGACAACGGUUUGAAGUCUAUUCUGAGUAAUCCCUCCAUUAUCAGCCAGAAUGGUCAGGUAACUGCAUCGAAGAGUAGCAGCAGCCAUCUUGGUGAUGAACAGAAGGGCGAGGGUGAUGAGGUUGUAAACAGGGAUGGUAAAAGACAAUUCCUUUUGGGAGGGAAAAGGGAUGCUAGCCAAAAUUUAAUAAAGGAGGUCAUUGCUGCGGACGAACUGGAAGAAAGUAAUACCAAAAGGGGGGACGGGGACGCAAGGAAUUUGAACAAUGUUCCAAAUGUGACAUCCUCGAAGGAAGACAAUUCAAUGGAGGGAGGUUCUCCAAAUGUGUUACCAAGUGAUGUGAGUACUUCAAAUGGGGGUACUUCCCUAAGUUCUACCGUGUUGAAUACGCAGUUAGGAAGUGGCAACCUUGGCGGUCUUAACUCCACCCCACUAAACACCCUGGAGAACCAUGUCAACAACCUCGAUUUGAGAAGUAUGUCUGAGGCGGUUAAGUUACUGAGGAACGGUGGUGCAAACGUUGCCACUACCCUGGGCGGUAGCGCCCUGAAUGAACAGGAAUAUUUCUGUAAGCUGUACGCCGAACAGCUGAAUUCGCUACGAGGAAUGGGAUUUACGGACGAGCAGAAAUGCAUAAAGGCGCUAGUUAACACGCAGGGGAAUAUAGAAAGGGCCAUCGACUUUUUGUUGGCCGACAUGAAUGCAGAUCAGAAUUAA